CCCGCCGAUUCAUCGGCCAUCGCGCCGGAACCUAAAAAUUCUCUCCCGAUUUUAACCUUUUCUCUCUCUAAAAAAUUCCCCUCCACCUUGCUUUCUCUCUCUACUCUGUUCCUUUCUCCAUCUAGCAAAAAAAAGUGAAAACCCAAUAAAAUCCAGGGAGAGAAGUAUAAAAGAAAGGAAUAGAAAUGGGUUAGCUUAAGCGCUUAGCUCUAUCUCUCUCUGAACUAAAAAUAAAUAAAUAAAUCCGAAACAAAAAAACAAAAAAAAAGAAAAGCAAACCCUAGAUUUUGGGGCACCUAGGGUGAUUUGCGUCAUUACACGCUAUGAAUCGGCGAUAACACAAGCGAUUCAUAUAAUCGGCAAAUAGGGAGAAGAAGAAGAAGAAGAAGAAGAAGAAUAAGAAGGAGAAGAGAAGAGAGAAAGAGAAGAUGUACAGAGGAGAGAGAGCGGCCGGUGGCUCCAAGGGAGAGGUAGGGUCCGUGGAUCGGAAGCGGAUCAACGAGGCGCUUGAUAAGCAGCUGGAGCGAUCGUCGCCUUCCACUUCGAGGGCGAUCAACGGCAAGGAUAAGUCCGCACACUCCCUCCUCAUGGGGAAGCAUCCACCUGAUCAUCAUCGCGACUCUCGCUCUGUUUCUCUACCCAAAGCCAAAGCCUCCGAUGAUGAAUCUGAAACAGACAGUGAAGAGUCAGAUGUUAGUGGUUCUGAUGGGGAUGACACAUCUUGGAUCUCAUGGUUUUGCAAUCUACGUGGAAAUGAAUUCUUUUGUGAAGUUGAUGAUGAUUACAUACAAGAUGAUUUUAACCUUUGCGGGCUAAGCAGUCAAGUUCCUUAUUAUGAUUAUGCACUUGAUUUGAUUUUGGAUGUUGAAUCUUCUCAUGGAGAUAUGUUUACGGAGGAGCAAAAUGAAUUAGUUGAAUCUGCAGCAGAGAUGCUUUAUGGUCUGAUUCAUUCCCGAUACAUAUUGACAAGCAAAGGAAUGGCUGCUAUGCUAGACAAGUACAAGAACUACGAUUUUGGAAGAUGCCCUAGAGUUUACUGCUGUGGACAACCGUGUCUUCCAGUUGGUCAAUCAGAUAUCCCUCGGUCAAGCACCGUAAAAAUAUACUGCCCUAGAUGUGAAGAUAUCUACUACCCUCGGUCCAAAUAUCAAGGCAACAUUGACGGAGCCUAUUUUGGUACGACAUUUCCUCACCUGUUCCUGAUGACGUAUGGGCACCUGAAGCCACUAAAAGCAUCUCAAAGCUAUGUUCCAAGAGUAUUUGGGUUCAAGAUCCACAAGCCAUAAUACUGAAAUUAAAGCUCCGUUAUGGGCAAUAGUUCUCAUGGGUUUGUAUUGCCUAGCUUCUAUUUUGGAAGUAAUGCUUUUGAAAGAGCAGGUAUAGUUCGGUAGUCUUUCAAGUAAUCAUGUCUUAGGUCCUUUUUAUAUGUUCCAAAAAUUACCAUAAAGCAUAUUUGCAACCAGCAAGUAUUUAAUUUCAAUUUAGCAGCCUAUUCUGUGGGCUUCUUCAUCCGAAUUCUUUCUUGGUAGAGUAACUAUUAAAUUGCCUUUUUGCUAUACCUUCCAUUGUACUUUAUUUGAUUAUUGAAUCAGUGUUUGCUCUGUGUAUUGUCUUGUACUCACAGUAUAUUAUAUUUGUUCUCAGCAUUCACUUA